AUGAGGGAUUUCAGGUCAGACCGAUACAACAACAACCGCCCGAGGAGAGAUUUCAUAGGGCAAUCCGGAGCAACCAACACUCAAACUGUUAACGCUGUAUUCCGAGAACCAGUACACCGGGUGUUGGAGAAGAUCAAGGGCGAGCCAUACUUUAGAUGGCCAAAUAAGAUGGUCGGAGAGUCCACGAAGCACAAUCAGAACUUCUAUUGCCAAUAUCAUCAGGACCACGGGCAUACCACGGAGGAUUGCAAGAACCUUUGGAACCCCCUAGACCAGCUCAUCCGAGAAGGAAAGCUGAAGCACCUCCUGCAUCAUUCUAGUGGUCAUCAAGGUCAGACCCAUCAGGAACCCCAGAGAGACGCUACCCUAAAGCCGCCCGUAGGGACGAUCAAUGUAAUCCUGGCCGCCCCAGGAAGAACAGGCGCGCGCCCUUCUCGAGUAUUAUCUAUGUCCCAGCUGCCUGCCAGGGAGUCCCAAUCAGAGCCGAAAAGGGCCAGAAGGAAUUUUCACUUGGCCUUAAGCUUUUCAGAAGAAGAUAUGGACGGUACCAUCCAACCCCAUGACGACGCGCUGGUGAUCACUCUCAGAAUCGGAGGCUACGAUGUGAAAAGGGUGAUGGUGGAUGGUGGCAAUGCUGCCGAGGUCAUGUACCCCGAUCUCUACAAGGGGCUGGGAUUAAAAUCGGAGGAUCUGACGCCCUAUAGCUCCCCUUUGAUAACCUUCGAUGGGAAGCUCGUUGGCCCAAAGGACAUGUUAGGCUACCCAUCCAGACCGGCCUAG